ACAUGUGUAAAGGCGCUAUCUGUGGCAACUGCAGCAAGCGCACCUGGUGGGGAUGCGGCAGUCAUGUACCAUCGGUCAUGGACUCGAUUCCCAAGAAUGAGUGGUGUGACUGCGAGCCAAAGACCGAAAAGGACGGCACAGAGUACCCUCCUAUGGGUACCAUGGCCGGCGUAGCGAAAGCUCUGGGAGACAGC